AUGGCUACACCUAGUCAAAUCAAACAAAAUAAUAUGGCUAUUGAAGCACUAACCGAAUUAAAGUUGAAUAUUAAUAAUUAUCGACAAUUAUGGAAACAAUGUCUUCUCUGUACGUCUGAUGUGGCAGGGAAGAUUGAUAAACCAGCAAUUAAUUAUAUUAGUUCCAAUUUAUUUGAUUUCAUUGAAAUUAUUCAUCGUUUGGGCAAUGCCAAUGGUCCUGUUGCUCAAGAAAUAUUAAAACCUGGUCUACGUAAUGGUCUAAUCGGUAUCGAUCCUGAAACACAUACAUUUACUUUAUCACCUGUACAUGCUUUUGAAAUGAAAGAUGAUCGUUACAUUAUGAAUCAAUUGAACAAACUCUGUAUUCCAGUCAUUUCUCAAAACAAUAAUUCUUCAAAAAAUGAAAGAACGUCAUUGACCCUCGAUCAUCAUCGAAGUAAUAAUUCCGAUACAAUGAUGAUCGAGUUAGAUGAAUCUGAUACGGUCAAUAUGACUUCAUUAAUUAUUGAUGAUGUUCAAGAACUGCAAACACGAUUUCAAGCAUCAAAAAUUUUUACCGAUAUUCAUCCAAAUAAAAACGAUUCAAUUAAUAAUCUUAAAGAGCAAGUUUCGUUGAAUGAAAAAGACAAUCAAACUGCUUCAAUGGCGAGUAUCAACAGUAUUAUCACAGAAGAAUGUUCAAAUGUAUGGGAUGUAUUGGAAGGUGAAUUCGUCAAUAAUAAUGGGAAGGAUAACGUCAUUAACAAUGAUGAAAAAAUCAUCCGACAUACAACUUGUACAAAUGAAGAACACAACAAUUCAAUAUACGAUAUUAAUAAAUCCUUAACAACUCAAUUCAACAGUACCAUUGUAGAAGAAAUGUCCACAAAUGAUAAUAUGAAUAGUAAUGCAGCAGUUGAUGUUUCGAAUUCUGUUGAAUAUGAUUAUCCCACCGAUGAUUCUAUGAAUAUUCGUAAUAGUGAUACAAGUUUACAAUUGCAACAACAACAAAAUCUGGAAUUGACUCCCGAAUCAUCAUCGUUGAUUGCAAUCGAACAAGAAAAUGAGGAAUCGUACAGUAGUUCUGAAUUUAAUUCUAUUGAAUAUGGUAGUUAA